CAUGGGGCCAAAGUGGUUGUGAAUGACCUUGGUGUAAGCACAUCUGGGGAUGGAAAGGACAGAAAGGCAGCUGAUGCAGUUGUGGAGGAAAUUGGCAAGGCUGGAGGGGUGGCAGUUUCAAACUAUGAUUCAGUGGAGGAGGGAGAUAAAAUUGUGCGGACUGCCAUGGAAAACUUUGGGCGUGUGGAUAUUGUUGUCAACAAUGCUGGCUUCCUGCGUGACAAGUCCUUUGCCAAGAUGACCACCAAGGAAUGGGGUAAGAUCGUAAGGACAGAGUCUGGUUUGAGUUAA